CGCAGCGUCCUGGUCGUUCCCCCGCCGACCUCAGUCGAUCCGCCUAGAUGCGACCGCGGCGGGCGCGGGAGGCGCGGCGGAGGAGGCGACGGAGCGGAUGGUGGCAUGGGCGCGCGGGGAGGAGGGCGUGUGGAGCGUGGUGAUCCCCACGCACAACCGCCUGCCCAUCCUCGUUAAGUGCCUGCGCGCGCUGGAGCAGCAGGUGGGCCACACGCAGGCGGGCGUGCGGCGCUAUGAGGUGGUGGUGGUGGACGACGGGUCGACGGACGGCACCGUGCGCACCCUCGCCGCCAUGGGGGUGGGGUCCCUCGAGUGUGGGGGGGAGGGCGCCGCAAGGGAGGCGGGAGAAGCGGCGGCGCAUUCAGGAGGAGCGGCAGCAGCUGUGGCGUUCCCCCAUGUGCGGCUGCUGCAGCAGCAGCACGGCGGCGCAACGGCUGCUCGCAACCAUGGCGUGGGCGCGGCUGCAGGCAGCACGAUGGUGUUCAUCGACUCCGACAUGGUGGCUUCCUAGCAGCGCAUGCGCGUGCUCUCGCCGAGGCAAGCAGCAGGUUCGGGGACGACCGCACCUUCUCGUACGGGCGCGUGGUGAACACAAGCAACUUCCAUGACCCCAUGGCUGAACCCUUCA